AUGGCGCGCACCUCUGGCGGCCGCCUUGCUGCAGCAGUGUCCAACGCAGGUGGCCUGGGUGUCAUUGGCGGCUUCCAGUACACGCCCGACCAGCUCCGCGAGAUCAUUGCCGAGAUGAAGGCCAACUUCAAGAGCCCCGACAUGCCGUUUGGCGUGGAUCUGGCGCUGCCACAAAUCGGAGGCAAUGCGCGUAAGACGAAUCACGACUACACCGGCGGCAAGCUGGAUGAGCUGAUUGACAUCACCAUUGAGAGCGGCGCGAAGCUGUUUGUCAGUGCAGUGGGCGUGCCACCCAAGUACGUCAUCGAGAAGCUUCACAAGAACGGAAUCUUGGUCAUGAACAUGGUGGGACACCCGAAGCACGCGGUCAAGGCGCUGGAUCUGGGCGUGGACAUUAUAUGCGCUCAGGGUGGCGAAGGAGGUGGUCACACAGGCGACAUCGCCAACUCGGUGCUGAUCCCAGCCGUCGUCGACGUGGCAAGGAAGUACAAGCCUCCAAUGCUCAAGGGCUCGACGGCUCUUGUCGUUGCUGCGGGAGGAAUUCGCAAUGGACGGAGUCUUGCCAGCUCGCUGAUGCAAGGAGCGGUGGCCGUGUGGGUGGGCACACGCUUCGUUGCUUCAGUAGAGGCCGGAUGCAGCGAGGCUGCUAAACAAGCUGUCGUGACUUGCGGGUUUGAAGGCACAGAACGGACGCUGGUGAUAUCAGGACGGCCGCUGCGGAUGAGGACGAACGAGUAUAUCCAGAGCUGGCAUGAUCGACCUAGCGAGGUGAAGGCGCUGUGCGACAAGGGAAUUGUGCCAAUGGAACACGAUUUGGAUGAGGGCAGAGACGUGGAUAUGCCGCACUUGAUGGGACAGGUUGCGGGUGCGAUUGACAAGAUUCAGCCUGCUGGGGAGAUUGUUGCCGAGAUGGUGGAGGAGGCGGUUGAGAUGCUCAAGCUGGGAGGGACGUAUCUGACGGCCAAGAGCCGAUUGUAA